UCAACUAUUCUUAUUGUAGCAACGGUUAGUAGUUCGAUGUGUCUGUAAGAUUGUGUCUUAACCGUCCAUUGUACAGACUUAUCGAGUGUUAAUCUGUAAUUAUUGAUAUAUUUAACAACUAAAUUAGUAAAACAGUUAUUUAAUUUUUUUUUAUAAUUUCACUUGAUACGUGAGUACGGGAAUAGAUUAUUCAUUAUUACUCGUAUACCACAAGAGAGGAGCAUCCGGAAGCCGAAGAAGAAGAUUGGUGGAUGAUGUUGGUCAUCGUAUGACGAUCCACGUUAGAGUCUUUCGAAGUGGAACUUUAAGAGAAAGGUGACGUUGAGUUCUCGCGCUACGGCUAACAGGAUUCGCGGCACCGAUAGCUUCGUCGUCGUUUCGAUAAUUCAUACUUGUUAGAUUUUGUUCUGUGAAAAAUAUCAUGCAAUAAUAAUAAUAAUUAAGUUAAAAACAAAUUUAAGUAACAAUUAUGUGAUAAGCAAUUAAUAAGACAAGGAUUAAGAAUUAAAUAAAAAAACUACUGCAGGAUUUAAGUGUCAACACAUUGUAACUUGAUCAAAUUUUAAAUACUGCAGUAAAAAUGGCGUCAGCAGCAGCGGAACUAGUGGCUGAGCGUGAACCAGAACUUCUAAAACCACAUGAUCUUAACGGAUCAUUUGUUGGAGCAGAAGAUCUUGUCAGAAUGGCGUUGGAACAGUAUACGGAAAUCUUAGAGUCAGCAUCAGAUCCUAGAGUUAGUAACUGGCCAUUGAUGGAAUCACCGAUACCAACCUUUCUCAUUGUUUUACUUUAUCUGUAUGGUGUCGUGAUACUCGGUCCAAAAAUGAUGACAAACAGAAAAUCAUUUCAACUUAGAAGUAUCCUUGUUGCUUACAAUGCAUUUCAAGUCAUUUUCUCUCUAGGCAUGCUCUACGAGCACCUAAUGUCCGGAUGGUUAUUGGAGUAUAGUUAUAAAUGUCAACCAGUUGAUUACUCGCACAAUCCCACAGCAAUGCGGAUGGCUAAUUUAUGCUGGUGGUAUUUCAUUAGUAAAUUUACAGAAUUCGCUGAUACGAUAUUUUUUGUACUGCGCAAAAAAGACAGUCAAGUGACAUUUUUGCAUCUAUAUCAUCACUCGUUGACCCCGCUUGAGACGUGGAUAUGCGUUAAAUUUAUAGCCGGUGGCCACGGCACCCUUGGUAAUCUCAUCAACAAUGCUGUUCACGUAGUCAUGUAUGCAUAUUACAUGCUAUCUGCAAUGGGACCUGAGUAUCAGAAGUACCUAUGGUGGAAAAAACAUUUGACAACAGUUCAGUUGGUACAAUUUUUCUUAGUAUUUGUACAUAGCGCUCAAGCACUCGUUUUUGACUGUGGAUACCCAAAACUUGUUGCUACAUUACUUCUUUUACACUCUACGAUAUUCUUUGUUCUAUUUUUGGAUUUCUACUCGCGGGCCUAUCGCAGAGAAAAAUCUAUUGCUGCAGCAAAAAAAGUAAUUAAGAAUGAAUAAAAAAAAUUAUUGUAUAUUAAAAAAUACUUUUAUUAUGAAUAUAUUAAAAUCUAGAAAAAAAGAUGACAUUAAUGUGUACUAAUUUGAUUUUUUUUUUUACAUUAAAUAAUAUUUGUUUGUUGAGAUAAAAAAAAAGAUAUUCAGUAGGGUGACCCAAAAAACCCGACUUUUUUUUGUUAACGAGUCUCAUACGAAAAUUUUUUGGUUUAACAUAUUUUCAGAACCCUUCAAAAAUUAGCUCGAUAAAAAAUUAAGAGGUCGCUCACAAAAUUUGAAAAUUCCAAAAUUGAUUGAAAUUCGAAUUUUUUUUCGAAUUUUUUUCUUUCUCGCGGCGGAAUAGUUUAUAUUUGUAAAAUAAUAAAUAUGUUGAAAAUUUCAGCCCAAAAUUUAAAUAAUUAAAUGUCGCUCAAGAAUUUUGAAUGUUUCCGAGUGCUGUCUUUUGGACGUUUUCGAGCGACCCUUGAAUAUUAAUAUUAAAGUAUCUCAAUUUUUUCACCAUUAAUUUAUAUCAUAAUGAACAAAAAUAUAACCCGAGACAUAGAAAAAAUGAGUUAUUUACAUACUUUUUAUUUUUUAAUUCAAUUUUUAGGUUUUUUUGGUUAUUCAAAUCGUACCCAAUUUUAUUGUUUAAGACCGUCCAGUAUAUGUUUGGUUAUGCAAAAGUUAUAUUUUAGUGAAACGAUAAUAAUUGAGUUAUAGAAAAAUACAAAAAUUAAUUCAAAGAAUUAGUUACAUAUUUUGAGUUAAUAUUCAAAAUUCUUGAGCGAUGUUUAAAAAUCUAUAUUUUGAGCUAAAAUUUUCAGCAUGGUAUUAAUUUUACAGAUAGAAAAUAUUUUUGCCACGAGAAUGAAAAAUGUAAAAAAAAAACCGAAUUUCAAUCAUUUUUGGAAUUUCCGAAUUACUCGAGCGACCCCUCCAAAUUGUUUAUCGAGCUGAUUUUUGAUAUUAAACCAACAAAUUUUCAUAUGAGACUCGAAAACAAAAAAGUCAGUUGUUUUAGGUCACCCUAAUAUAUAUUCAGAGUCAUGAUCUUAGAUGUAUCCUAAUAGUAUGAUAACUAUAAAUUAAACGAAAGUACUUUUAAAAAAAAUUAAAUUACUUUAUUUUUUAUGUACUGUAUUAUUAUAUAACAAUUUCUUUAUUUAAAAUAUAAAUAUAUAGUUGAGAGAAUAAAAAUGAAUUAAUGACUGUUCUUAGGAAUAGAGUUUAUGCUAUAGCAUUGUUUAGUUUGUCUCUCAGCAGUCUAAUUGUAAACAUAAAUAAAUGAUCUGUAAGCAAUAUUUACGAGGUAUUGUAAGUAUGCUCAAUGGCAUUUAAGUCAUUUGCGAAUAAUUAAAUAUUUUUAUAAAUUUUAUCCAAGAUAUAACUUAACAAUAAAUUUUGUAAAUUUAUUUUAAAAACACACAAGUGUUAUUGUUAUUGCAAUUCAAUCAAAUUUAACGUUUAAAAUUGAUGACAAUGCAUACUUAAAAAAUGAGCGCAGUAACACUCGUUAUUCCGCAAUGCGUAUAAAAUAAAACAUAAUAUAUUAAAUUUGUAUAAAUAAAAAUGUAUAAUCAUUGGUGUGGCCGCAUCAGAAUCGGUGUCAAUAAAUAAAAUAUUAUAUAAUAUAUCAUAAAUAAGUCAAAAAAAUUUUAAGA